GCGAGAUUCAGUGAGAGUGACGAAAUUCAACAUGGCGGCUCCCAGCUGCUAGAUGAGAAGUAAACAAAUCGCCGUUAUCUCGACGUAUUUGUAUUAAAAAUAAAUAAAUAAAUAAAACAACAACCUAACUAAAUAGCCUGCUCAAGCUCGGAAACGGUAGUGCUCACAGUGGAGGACCUUGAGAACUUUAUUGACGACUACUUCGUCCGGUGCACGAUGGAAGACGCCAACCCGAGCAAGAGGGAGAAGGCAGACUCCUCGACGGACACACAAGACUUGGAGGUCACGGAUAUCCAGGUAAGUGUUCUCGAGUCAGUUAAUAAGAAGCUCGAUAUCCUUAGUUUGCUUCACCAGGAGAUAAAAGACCUGAAAGCAAGCCUGGAGUUCACCCACCAGCAGAUAGAGGAUCUGCAGAGGGACAACACCGAACUCCGGUCCACGCUGACAGCGGUCACUUCAGAGAGAUUUUGUUGAAGACAUGAUGCCUCUCCUCGUAAUCGCCUCCUGUCCUGCUUCCUGAGAUGUGAAGAAAAGAAUCCAUUAAUCUGAGGUUGUCUUCAUGCAUCGUACCUUCCACCCGCCUGAUGCUCUCGAUUGUUCAGUCUCCUCAGCUGCUCCCACCUCCACAACCAGCUCACCUGUUUCUUCCCUGAUCUCGCUCUGGUCCUCAUCAGUUUGUGGCUGUCUGAUGGUUUCACAGUGCUUGACAUUUACUGUAAAUUCUGCCCACCUCCUGCCACCAUCUGUUUCUAGGUCAGAUGCUUUGCUUGCGUGCAUCAGUGGGUGAAAUGUGAAACCAGCCAGGUGCUGAUGGAGGAUGUGAAACAUCACGGAGCAGAUGAACCAGAGUUGUACGAGAAACAAAACUCUCUUCUCUAAUUGGCUUUCAGAGAAACUUGCAGAAGGCCCCGACCUCCCUCCGCACAUUUAAUGCCACUAAAAAUAUAAUGACACCAUUAUCUCCAUGUUGGAGGGCUGCAGCCUCAUGCAGUGAUGGUGUUCAGAGAAGCUUCCUCCUCCUCUUCCUCCUCCCCUGACCUCGGACCGCGUUAAGAGGAAGUUGUGGUUCCUGAGAGCUUUUUUGCUCUUUCUCAGCGCCCAGUGUUGCUGCACGCUACACCACCGAUUCAACACGGAGAAGAAAUAAUCUCUAUCCAUCAUUUGCUCCUCCACUAUGGCUUCAGCCGGCGUCUUCCUCCUUCUCAGCCUCCACCUGAGCUCCGUCGGCUCGCUGCCUCCUCCACGAACCUCCUUCCUCCUCGGCUCUGCAGCCAGACCUCUGAUUCACUUUAGCCUCCCUGACAUCCACAAUACCACCACUCUGCUGCUAAGUGAUGAUGAAUCCACCCUGUACGUUGGCGCGCGAGAUGCCAUCCUCUCAUUAGACGUCGGUCAAAGUGAGGUCAUACACCUGAAGAAGAAGGUGCAAUGGAGUCCAUCUGAAGAUGAGAUCAACGACUGUUUUGGUAAAGGGAAAAAUCCAACGGUUGACUGUCCAAACUUUGUCCAGGUUUUGCAGCAGUUAAACUCAACUCAUCUCUACGCCUGUGGCAGCUACGCCUACAGCCCCCACGAUGCCUACAUCGAUGCUGAAAGCCUCUCCAUGGUGCAUCGUGAUGGUGCUAAAGGUCGCUGCCCGUUCAAUCCCUUCGAGAGAAACACUGCUGUCACCAUUGAUGGCGAGCUGUUUACCGCCACAACGACUGACUUUAGAGGAGUCAAACCACAGAUUUCUCGAUACUUCAGCAAAGAUGACCGUCCAGACGUCAGCCUGGACUCAUCCGUCAACUUACUGGAGGAGCCAAAGUUUGUUGGUUCGUCGCUGGACCCGGCUGACAAGAAACUCUACUUCUUCUUUAGUGAAGUUGGGAAAGAGUUCAACUUUGUGGACGAGCUGCGAAUCGCACGGGUGGCCCAAGUCUGCAAGGAUGACGUUGGUGGACAGAGGACGCUGCAGAAGAAGUGGACAUCCUUUGCCAAAGCCCCUCUGCUCUGUCAGUCUCCCAAACAGCUUCCCUUCAAUAUCCUACAGGAUAUGUUCACCCUCCAACCACCAGAGGGCGGCAGCACCUCAGAAACUCUCUUCUAUGGUGUCUUCACCUCUCAGUGGUCCACAGGUCGAGAGUCUGCAGUGUGUGUCUUUAAGCUGCAGGACAUCAAGACGGUGUUCACUGGGAGCUACAGGACCUUCGACAUGAACAACCACCAGUGGAGUCCACUAACGGAAACACACUCUUACCUGGGGAAGUGUGGACUCCACGAUUCUUCAGAUUCUGAGCUCACGGAGGUGAAGAAGAGUUUCCUGACCAGCAGCAGUGUCAGACCAGUCGACGGCGGUCCGAUUGUUGUUUCCUCAGAGCAACAGUACAAACAUGUUGCUGUGAUGAGGACGCAGGCGGCCGAUGGCAAACAAUACACUGUCAUGUUCCUUCUCACAGAGUCUGGAUUCCUUCACAAGGUGGGUUUGUUUGAUCGAGGUCCUCGAGUCAUUGAGGAGAUUCAGGUUUUCACACAACCUCAGCUGGUCCAAAGCAUCGUCCUCUCCUCCUCCAAGGGAGUUCUGUACGUGGGAACCUCUGAGGGUGUGACUGCUGUACCUCUGGCCUCCUGCUCCAUCUAUCCGACCUGCACUCAGUGUGUUCUGGCCAGAGAUCCUCUGUGUGGAUGGAGUCGGACCAAGAAGCUCUGCACUGGUCUGGACGGCAGUCAUGAGAACAUGAUUCAAAACCUGGAGAACGGCAACGUAGAAGAGGAAUGUCGGGGAGAAACCAAGGCUGGUGGUGACACAGACAUCAUAGUUCCUUUGAAUGAAGUGGUGAGGCUUCAGUGUGUGAAACCUUCCAACCUGGCCACUCUGACCUGGACCUCCUCUCAGUUCACAAGCCUGCCAGAGGAACUCUUCAUCCGAUUAGCUGACGGCAGCCUCAGCUUCCUCGCCACCUCCAGCACUUUCGGGACGUACCGCUGUGAGGCAGAGGAAGGCGGCUACAAGGAAACCGUUGUGAGCUAUGAUGUCCGGCAGAUCGCCCCUCCUCGCUCCAUGAGCCCACAGCCAAAGGAAGAUAAACCGCUGGUACAUGAGAGCAAGGACGAGCCUUUUGAGGACAUUCCAACAGUGACUUCUGUGGUACAACCUUCAAGAGACAAAGAGGACUCAGACACCAAGGACAAAGAAGCUACGUUUGCACCCACUCUUAAAGAUGAGACCGAUUUCAGCAAAGAAAAUCCCAGAGUCAUAACCGACAACAGCUCGGACAUCAAGAAGACCUCCAGAACCGACACCCAGUCCUCGCCAGAGCUCAGCAACGACCCUCCUAAAGAGAAGAGCUACUACGGCGAGCUGGUUGGAGUUUCCAUCCUGCUGGCGAUCUGCAUCCUCAUCCUGAUGCUCGGAUUGCUCCAGAUGGGGCGACAGAGGAAACCUGGCCUGAAGCUGGAUCGCCUGUUCAGUCCGGACGACGACGGCAAAACCAACAAGUCUCUGGAGAUUUGUUCUCUGAGCAGCCCAGAGGACGCCGCUCCUGAGCUGAAGGUGGUGAACUAACAACCGGCUGCUUUCCACCGCAGGAAGUGUUUACAGGAAAGGCCCUUUACUAUGGUUCUCCACAGAACCACCCUGUUCUGCUUUAGGGUUCUGUGUCGCUGAAAAUGUUGGACCAAUGCAGUUUUUCCAACUUAUUGUUUUCUGCAUUUAUGGCAGUGAAGGAAGCAGAAGCCAACACUGUCUCCGUCUUACAAGAGUUCAAAGUCUGUGUUGUGAAGGUGAGAGCAAAUUUAAAGAACUUUGUUUAACUUCAUGCACAUAAUACGUGCAAUAAAAGUAAAUUUAGCUUGCUAGUUAGCACAGCUGAACAUACAAUGCUGAGACUGUUUUGUGACUGAAAACAACUUAAUUUUCAGGACUUUAUCUCUAUUUUUUCAGUUUUUAAUCAGGAUUUUACUUAAAUAUAAAUUACACAAGCUAUUUUAUUUCAGAUUUGGCAGUUCAGCUCAAGAUUAUAUUGAAUGUAACAGUUAAAAAGCUAAAAACAGGAAAUUCAGUAAUAAAACAAGAAAUAUGAGCCUAUAAUUUACCUGUUUGCUUCUAGAUUUUGACGCCUCUAAAGAAGGGAAUCAUUCUUGAUAAUUCGUGAGUUCCAGGGUCUUUUAGUUGUUGAUAUUUUUGAUGUUAGUAGUAAUUCUUCUGUUUAUAAAAAGGUGUUUUCUUUUGUUCUUCUUUAAUCAUGCAGUGAAAUAAAGCUGAGGUUCUUUGGUUUUACAUUUUUAUUUCACUGCAUGUUCCACACUCAUUUCACUUUUGCUGCAUAAAAAGACAAAAUUACAAGUUUAUCAUCAGUUUCAUUCUUUUUUUCAAACUUUUUUGUCUUUAAUGAAACAUCGAUUUAUAAUAAAUAAAAAUCAUCCAUACUUUUUCACGUUAUUGACAUAUUUUCCAAAUACUCGAUUGUUACCUUUUUACAAGACUUUUUUUGAUGACCAAAGGCUUAAACUUUUCUGUUUAGCUCUUUAGAAGUUUAAUAAAGAUGCACACUUGUUUUUAUUUUACAGCUGUGAUAUUUGAGGAUUAUAUUAUUGUAUAUUGUUUUAUUUCAUGCGGACAAUAACUGUGGAAGUCGAACUCCUUCUGCAUAGAAUUUUUCUGCAUGUUUCUCAGGAAAAAAAAUAAUCUGUAAUAAUUGCAUUUUAGCUUUAUUGCAAUAUUGUGGCAUCUGGAAAUGAUGUUGGGAUGCAUGAGGUGUUUACUGAGAGUUCGUCUUAUGAAUAUUCUGUGUAAAUGAAUUGAAAAUCAGGGCUCUGAAUCCUGUCUGUUGAUGUAUUUGUAUUUUAGAUGAAUGAAUGUAAACAGGUGAGAUGUGAGACCUGCUGUGAAUGUAUCAGACAUUUAUCAAUAAUCUUCAGUAACUGUCAUUAUCAUUGUGCUUGUAAUUUUUAGUAAUAAGGGGAAUUAGUAAAUAUUUUAAUGUGUAGUUUUCACUCUGUUGCCUCCUUAUGGUACAAAUUAAAACUGCACAAUGUAAACAUGUAUAAUGGCUUUUUUUUUAUUAUUAAUAUUUCAGGUCAUUGGUAGUUUUGUCCUGAUAUAUUGAUUUGACACCAUUUGUUUUAAGACUUUGAAUAUGUUUUAUUGAUCCUUAUAAUGAUGCCGAAACUCCAGAACACGCAAAUAUUGUGCUGCAAGUUUUUUAAGUUUUGUUUUGUUUAUUUUUAGCAAUAACUGCAGGAUAUUAAAACUUUACAGGAAUUGUUUUGCUCUUAUAGAGUAUUUAUUGGUUUUUACUUUCAUCACAGAUACAAAAACUUCUCUUUCUAACCGAUGCUCGAACAGCUUUGAUAUGUUUGUGAGCUCCUGAUGGUGAAAAUGCACCGAAAAGAGAGAGAGAACGCACACCAUCGUCUGCUGGUCAAAUAAAUGUAUUGAAAGAUUAAUAAACAUAUUUAAGCAGA